AGCGGCGGAGGGCUGCGGCGGGGAAAUGGCGGCCGCGGUGCUGGCGGCGCCGGAGGGCGGCUCUGCUGUGAUGCCGGCGGGGAGCUCGGCGACAUGUCCCCCUCCGCCGGGGCCGUCGGGCCCGGGCUCGUGGAGCCGCUCCUUGGAUCGAGCUUUGGAAGAAGCGGCGGCGAGCGGCACCCUCAGCUUGAGCGGCAGGAAGCUCCGCGACUAUCCGCGGGCCAGCGCCGCCAACCACGACCUCAGCGACACCACCCAGGCCGAUUUGUCACGGAACAGAUUGUCAGAGCUUCCAGCAGAAGCAUGUCACUUUGUCUCCCUCGAGAGCCUUAAUUUGUACCAGAAUUGCAUUCGAUACAUCCCAGAGGCUAUUUUAAACUUACAGUCUUUAACAUUUCUAAAUAUCAGUCGAAACCAGCUUUCAACACUGCCAGUACACCUGUGUAGUCUACCACUAAAAGUUUUGAUAGCAAGUAAUAAUAAGUUGGUUUCAAUACCCGAAGAAAUCGGACAGCUCAGACAGCUGACAGAGCUUGAUGUGAGCUGUAACGAAAUACAGACAAUACCUCCACAGAUUGGCAAUCUGGAGUCCUUGCGUGACCUAAAUGUCAGAAGAAAUCAUUUGGUACAUUUACCUGAAGAGCUUGCUGAGUUGCCUUUGAUUCGGUUAGAUAUCUCCUGCAAUAAAAUAACAACAAUCCCUGUUUGUUACCGGAACCUCAGACAUCUGCAGACCAUCAUGUUAGAGAACAACCCUCUCCAGUCACCCCCUGCACAGAUAUGUAUAAAAGGAAAAAUUCACAUAUUUAAAUACCUGAACAUAGAAGCAUGCAAGAUAGCUCCAGACUUGCCCGAUUAUGACAGGAGACCCAUGGGGUUUGGAUCCUGCCAUGAAGAACUUUAUUCCGGUCGUCCGUAUGGAGCACUGGAUUCUGGCUUCAAUAGUGUGGACAGUGGAGACAAAAGGUGGUCAGGGAAUGAGCCUACAGAUGAGUUCUCCGACCUCCCUUUGCGUGUGGCAGAGAUCACUAAGGAACAGCGACUGCGAAGAGAAAGUCAGUAUCAAGAAAACAGAGGUAGCACAGUCUUAACUAAUGGUGGAGUGGAAAAUGAUCUCGAUCAGAUCGACUAUAUUGAUAGCUGUGCCACAGAAGAGGAGGAGGAAGAGGUGAGGCAACCCAGGUGCAUGGACUCAGACAGCCUCAGCACACAAUUCAUGGCAUAUAUUGAACAGCGGCGAAUCUCUAAUGAGAGCUCACCAGUAAAGCCUGUAUCCAUCAGAGAUUUUCAAAGAACAGAGGAUACAAGACGAUAUUUACAUCAAAAUAGGGAUACUGAUGAGUUACGAAGACCUGAAACUCUAAAUUUGAUGCAGGACAGAGAGCAACACCAAGUACUAAGGAAUUAUGUGGACAGGACAGAGAGACCCUUGGCUGAUUCACCUUACUUUCUCUCUCUAUCAAGUCAUCACAGUCAGGUGCCUAAUACAGACCCUGAGUUGCACCACAGGCACAUAGAGCGUACCCGUCGGGAAGCCCAGAUAGCAGCACUUCAAUACGAGGAGGAGAGGAUGAGAACAAAACAGAUCCAAAGAGAAGCUGUCCUUGACUUUGUUAAACAAAAAGCAUCCUUAAGUCCUCAGAAGCAAAGUCCUCUGGAUAAUGAGUGUCCCUUUCCAUCCAGAAGGUCUCAGCAUACUGAUGAUAGUGCCUUGUUAGUGAGUGAUGACAGAUCGACCAUCUCUCCCAGCUCACCUACCACUCAGACAGUCCACCUUUCCCUUCCACAUCCUGGCCCUGCAGCCCCACCUUCCUAUAGAAACCCUUCCCAGCGACCUGAGAGUUUCCUUUUCCGAACAGCUGUCAGGGAUGAAGCAAAAAAAGUUGUGGCUUCAUCUUCCACCUGUGCCUUGUCUCCUGCUAAUGGUUCUGCAGACCUCAGAGCAAGACAGUACUCCAAACAACGUGAGGAAGAACUGGAGCUAAUAGAGCAACUACGUAAGAAUAUUGAAUCACGAUUGAAGGUAUCAUUGCCCAGUGAUCUUGGAGCAGCUCUCACUGAUGGUGUUGUUCUCUGCCAUUUAGCUAAUCACGUGCGUCCUCGAUCCGUUCCCAGCAUUCACGUCCCCUCCCCUGCUGUUCCUAAACUUACAAUGGCAAAGUGCAGACGAAAUGUGGAGAAUUUCUUGGAAGCUUGCAGAAGAAUUGGAGUGCCUCAGGAGCAAUUAUGUUUGCCUCUACAUAUUUUAGAAGAGAAGGGUUUGACACAGGUAGCUGUGACUGUCCAGGCACUCCUGGAGUUGGCGCCCCCAAAGCAGCAGCAACUUCACCACUUGUCUGCUGUGUAGAGACCUCCGGGACCUUUUGGGUUACCUUGGCUAAGCAGAAGGACGUGAAGACUUUGCUGCCCAUGCAGUGCAUCCAAACAUACAGAGCUCUGUUCUAAGGAAAUGAGUUUCCGUGAUUCCUGACAGGAAUGUUUGCUUCAUUUCUCCAUUUUUUUUGGAGAUCACAACAGUUUCCAAUAACAGAUUUUUAUCAAUAUUUUUGCCCCUUAUAAAACAGAAUUUAUUGUGAGGAGGGCAGGGAGUUCUUCUGAGUGGUUGUUGGAGCCAGCUUGACAUUGUAGAUUGAAGACAUUGGUGUACAGUUUGGAAAGCGAGAUGAUUCCUAAGAGGAUUCAUUUGCUAGAAGGAUGUUGCAACAGGCACAUGGGGAAUGAGAAUUUUUCCUUCCCCACCAGGUUCAAAGAAAGGGAGUUUCUUUGCCUCUAAAAAACACCGGCUUUUUCCAUUGUAUAUAAAGGAUUACAGGUGAAGAUUGUGUUGCAGAGGGUUUCAUCACAGGGCAAGCCCCGUGCAGCUGUAACCCGUGUUGGCAUGUGAUCAGGAUUUAAACUCUGAAGCAAAAUAACAAGUUCUCCCCUCCCCACCAUCACUAAAGGAAAAAAGUAUUGCGUGGUAUCUCCACAAGAAACACACAUCUUAGUAAAAGAUACUAAACCAGAACAGUUCGAUUUGUAUUAAACGCAUUAGCAUUCUUGCUAGGUUUACUUUUGUUUGAGUUUUAAUAUGUCUUUGGAAAUUUUUCCAACAUCAGUGGAGGAAAUCUCCUACCUCCUCUCCCUCCCCCUUCCGAUCACAUAAAGAUGCAUUUAGUUACUGAACGGUUUUGUCAAAGGAUGACUAAAGUUCAUCAAGAAUCAUGUUCUUAUUUUCACUGCAGUGCAAAGAAUUGCAGCCUGCUAUGCUAAUCAUUAGAAACCCGUUAUUAAAGAAAAUUUUCAGCAGGGGUUGGAGCAUCCUAUAUGGUCAUGCCAACACUGGUGAAUGUCCCAGCCACUGAAAAAAUAAUGAUUUUUAAGAACAUAAUUACUGCAGUUCCAUAGGUGAGCUGCAUAUUAUCAAUGCAGCAGUCUGUUGCAAAAAGCAGCUUUUAUUUGUAGGUUUGAUCAGGCUUUGAAAAAGCCUUUUUUCAUUGGUGUUCAAGUAGAGAGAUGCACUCAGUUUACAGACCUACCAUUACUUCACCCUUCAUUCCUUAUGCAAAAAUGGAAAUUGAAAAUGCAGGAAUGGGAGAGACAUCAGCCAGGUUUUGCAUUUUACUUUAAAGUCAACCUAAAAAAAAAAAAAAAAAAAAAAAAAAAACUAUAGUUUUCUGUGCUUUGCUCUCACUGAAUAGGCCGGACUUAUUACCAGAUCAGUAACAAUAUUUUUUUUCCUUUGUCUUUAAAGAACUUGCAAAAUCCAGUUUUCCAUCCAUGCAAUUAUUUUGUUAGAUUCUGGUCUGUUUGAAGUAUCCCAGAAUGUUGCACUACAAAUACCAUGUAGUGUGCAGGAUCUGAGACCAAUUUCAGGCACUGGAGAUAUUUCAUCAUGGGAUAUAUUUGAACCAGAAUAUACCAAGAGGAUUUCGUGGGGAUGAAGAAAGGAGAAGAAAUAGGAAAAAGCUAACUAAAAGUCACCUUUGCUGAAGUAAACGUGCUGUGGGAGCACUGACAAAGACUGGGCUUAGCUGGAUUUUUUCUUCCCAUUUGAUUUGCCAUUUUUGCAGUUUUGCUCCUGCUAUGUUUUGCUUCGUGUAAUUCUUUGAAGGUCCGCUGUGGCGACUGUUGUAUCCUGUAUUUCAUAUAAUGAUUCCAGCUGCCUCUUAUUGGCAUUGGCUGAUGGCAUUGCAAGUCUAAAAGAACACAUGAAGGUAUUUAGAGCUGUGCAUUUGAAAAAAUAAUUAUCUUCGUACUGGGUAAGCGGGUUGCCAUGAACUCUUCAAAACCUGUAUACGCCAAUAACCUGCAAUACAGAGGAGAGCAGCUCCGUACAGACACACUUUCCUCCAUACGUGUGUCCUGUAUUUCACUGAAUUUCUUUUGCAAAGAUUGCUGGUAGUGCUUGAGGGAUUACAUAAAAAUGUAAGGAGGAAGCUUUCACUGAAGGCUCUGUUGUGGCUGGUUGAAUGGAAGAUUCUGCUGCUCACAACUAACAGUACAGACUACGCGUUUCUGGUAUGUUCGUGCAUUAUGUGAGAGAGGACACCAAAUUUAUCUUAGUUUUCAACAUUAGGUCAUUAGUAUCAUACAUGGGCAUGCUACUUAAGUAGCACACCCUUCUUAAACUACUUAAAUACACCCGUUUUGAGAAAACGGUUCCCUUUGUCGAUUUGUAAGGGGGUGGUGUUUGCUCUGGGCCAGCUUCCAUCACCUAUAGAAGGUGAAACUUAGCAGUAUUAAGGUUGGUGGAAGCUUGACCUUUCGUUAGUACUCGGGGGG